CCAUGGAAACUCACAGGCUUCCAACCCAGCCGCUGCCCGGGCAGGCUCCCAACCUGGGCCUCAUCUACCACCAGCUUCUCCGGGAUUAUAGGCCUUUCUAGCCUCAGCUUCUUUGGGCCCUCUCUGUACCUGCAACCCUUCCCUGAACCUCAGGCCUUCUUUAGGGGCCUGGGCCUUUUUUCUCCUUGACCUUCAGCUCCUCCACAAACAGGCCUGCACAGCUCCUGCCCUCCCUCUCAGGCCUCUCCCCUCACUAGCUCUUGGCCUGGUUGGGCCUCCUAGGCCAUUCCACCCUUUGCCCUGCUGCUCAUCCCUCCUAUGGAGAACCCAGGACUGACUGUGCAUGGGCAGGCUGCACCCUUUUCCACAGCGCUCCGAAGCCUUGUCAACAACCCCUGGUACAGCGACGUCUGCUUUGUGGUUGGUCGAGAACGGCAGGAGGUGUUUGCCCACCGGUGCUUGCUGGCCUGUAGAUGCAACUUCUUCCAGAGACUUUUGGGCACAGAGCCAGGCCCGGGGGUACCCAGUCCUGUGGUGUUAAGCACUGUGCCGGCUGAGGCCUUCUUAGCUGUGCUGGAGUUCCUGUAUACCAACAGUGUCAAGCUGCACAGCUGCUCUGUGAGCUUACCAAGCAGGGGUCCGGGUGAGAGAGGCUGGGGAUACGAGAGGCCGGAGUCUGCCCAUUACACUGUGGGUCAAGGGGCAGGGAAACUCCCUUCUGCUUCCUCAACCACCCCGCCCCAUGCAGGUGUUGGAGGUGCUGACAGCAGCUGUGGAAUAUGGGCUGGAGGAACUUCGAGAGGUGGGUGUCUCAGGCAAGGCAACUUGCUUCCCUUGCCUUUCAGUUCCUAGCCUCCUUCACACACUCACGGCCACCCUGGUCUACAGAGGUACCUCCGCACAAUUCACUUUCGUUUCUGUCCCCAGUUAUGCCUGGAGUUUGUGGUGAAGGUGCUGGAUGUGGAGUUGGUCUGUGAGGCCCUGCAGGUUGCUGUGACCUUUGGCCUGGGGCCGCUGCAGGAGCGGUGCAUAGCCUUCAUAGAGGCUCACAGCCAGGAGGCGCUCCGCACCCGUGGCUUCCUGGAGCUGUCCGCCACUGCGCUGCUGCCCGUGCUACGCAGUGACAAGCUCUGCGUGGAUGAGGCUGAGCUGGUCAAGGCAGCCCGAAACUGGGCGCGCGUGGGCGCCGCGGUGUUGGAGCGACCGGUGGCCGAGGUGGCGGCUCCAGUGGUUCGAGAGCUGAGACUGGCCUUGCUGGCCCCGGCGGAGCUGAGCGCCCUAGAAGAGCAGAACCGACGGGAGCCGCUCAUCCCGGUGGAGCAAAUUGUGGAGGCGUGGAAGUGCCACGCCCUACGGAGAGGAGAUGCGGUCCGAGGCGCACCGUGCCGUCGGCGAAGGGGAACCCUGCCCCGGGAUCACCACCGUUUUCUGGACCUUCGUUUCAAAUGACCUACUUCCGGAACUUGGGAGGCAUUCGAUCGCAAGCCAAACUACAACUCCCGAGGUGCUCUGCGCUCGAAGCGGGCUUCCGCCCUCAGCAAGCCCAGCCAGCCGGAUGUCGGAAGAAUAGUGCUCAGUCUGGAGCAAAGCUUAAAGCCUCCGCCUAGGAGUAGGGGCGGGGCAGUGGGCACAAGGUUAGGGCCGACGCCCCGAGACCGGAAGCGCGGGUGGCCUUUCUUCCAUGAGCUCACACCGCAUCCUGCUGCCGGUCACUCCUCUGUGCCCCUCUAUUUGGUAACGCGGUUAUCUAUUUACCUCAUCGUCUUCAACAACAAAUCAGCUUCCUGGCUCCAGGCUCAGUGCGGAUUUGAGUUUCUCAUCUUUUCUCCCACUCUUCCGGCCCCGUAAAUAGUGCUUCUCAUUUCUGCGGGUCAGGAACUGGGAUCUCCUUCUUGCCUACCUCAUGCCUUCUCCCUUCUAAUAGCACUUUCGAGUUGGUUUAGUCUGCAGCCUCUCUUCUGCCAUUUCCCCAGCCAAUGGUCCCUCACUCCUUUCUCCCUCAGCGCACAGUGCAUCCCUGUGAUGGCUCCCCCGCUGCGACUGUCACUCCUUCCCCCGAGUCCUUUACGUUCUUAACUGCAUUACAGGGCAAGCUACUAAAGUUCCUAGAUAUUUAGCAGUUCUUAACUCUGAAUUUGGGAGUUCCAGAAUUAACUUUUUUGGGGGUGGUGGGGAGGGUGAGGGAUGGAUAAUCUCUUACAGUGUAACCCCCAGCUGGCCUAGAACUCACUAUGUAAGCCAGGCUAGCCUUGAAUUCACAGAGCUCCGACUGCCUUCCUGGUACAGAGAUUAAAGGCAUCAUGGACUAUUACUUCCAGCGUAAGGAAAAAAAAAAAAAAAAAUCUGGCCAGUGGCGGCCUAUCCCUUUGAUUUUGAUCACAGCCUUUGAUCACAGCACUCGGAAGGCAGAGGCUGGCUGGCGGAUCUCUGAAUUUGAGGCCAUCCUGAUCUGCAGAGUGAGUACCAGGACAGCUAGAGCUACACAGAGAAAACCUGUCUCAAAAAAUUAAA